AUGAGCAGCACGGGUAACAAGGAUUUCCGCGAUCAGCUUGGCAAGUUCCGUCUCGAUUCUAUCGGACCUUCUGCUCCCCCGGUCUGGUCGCACCCUGCCCUGGAGUCCACACCCAUUCCCGACGGGGCUUCAACACCAUCUUCUCGCAGCAAGCGUGUAUCAACGGCCUGCGACUUCUGUCGCAAGCGCAAGAAGAAAUGUGAUUUCCGCUAUCCCAAUUGCACCGCCUGCACCCGCGCCGGGGUUCGCUGCACCAUUCCCCCACCCGGCCCCCAAGUCGCCAAUGCUUCCGUGCCUCGAGACCAGUUGGAGAACCUGCAGAAAAGAGUGCGGUGGUUGGAGGAGGUAGUGCGCCGAAAAUCAGGUAUCGCCGUGGCGGAGCUGGCCACGGGGACCCCCGUGGAUGGCGAGGGCGAUCCGGACUGGUGGUAUCAGGUCCCCGCGAUGAUCGCGACCGGCGGCAAUCGCCCGUCCACGAACUCGAUGCCCAGCCCAGGCAGUGGCCGUUCAUCUGUGACGACUGGUCCAGCAGGAUCGGAGUCGUCAACUGGGGUAGGCACCGAGCUACCCAACGUGGGCGAGAUUUUUCGCGAUCAGUUGGAGCAUCGCCGACCGUCUGUGGCACGUCCGGCAUCAGCUCCGCGAGUACUACGUCUGUCGUCGUUAAACGAAGCAGAGCGGAUUGCCGGGCAGUACUUUGAUAGCAUGGGCUACCAGUAUCCGUUUACUUCACGCCCGGAAUUCAUGAGCCAUCUUCGACAUAUAUACACUGGUGGCGCGCCGUCGCCGGAAGUUCAUAAUGCCUACCAUAUCAUUAUUGCGAUUUCGCUGUUGAUCGGAUCGGCGGACGCAUCGCAGGCUGCCGAGUUCUACCAUGUAAGUCAGGAGACAUUGCCCUUGGCCCUGCAAAACGAAGACAUGGCCGCCGUGCGGGCUCUGCUGGGCCUGGCGCUAUACACGAUGUUCGCGACAGCUGGCCCGAGCAUUUGGCAUGUCCUGGGUGCCACUAUGCGAUUGUCAAUCAGCAUGGGGCUGCACAAGGCUCGCUCCUACGCGACCGUGGUGGAAGAGGAAAUAGCCAAGCGGGCAUUCUGGAGCCUCUACAACUUGGAUCGUCUCAUCGCAAGCACGCUAGGGCGACCUCUCGGAAUUGCCGACGAAGACAUUAGUGUUGGCCUGCCACGCGAAUUGAACGAAGACGGAAUGGAAGCCCCGGGUGCCAGUUCCAUGACCAUUCCAUUGCAGGUGAUGCGCCUUCGCCAGAUCUUUUCGCGCAUUUAUCGAUACCGUGAGUCUACAAUCACCCCUCUGUCCUGUCUCUCGCGCUAUCCAGUUUCAUAUGCUGACUGGGAAACAGUUUACAGCAGCCUCCCCCGCCCGUCGCCGCAGGAAGUUGCUACCACACUGGGUCAGUUCCGCCGCGAGGUGGACGACUGGCGUAUGGCAGCCCCGGUGUAUCCUUCAGCCCUCCUUUAUUCCACCUCAUAUUACGAUUAUUUGUACUAUACAACUCUACUGCUCAUGUAUCGCCCCAGCCCGCGCAAUCCAACCCCCGACGUGACGAGUAUCGUCAGCUGUGGCGAUUCUAGCAUUCAGGUGAUCCGAUCAUACUGGGACAGCUACUCAGUGGGUAAGCUUAAGUGGAUAUGGUUGACCCUGAGCCAAGUUUACUUUGCGGGCAUCACCAUUUUAUGGUGCUUGGAGCAGAACGCGCGCUCAUUACGCGAGUCCCGCCCUGCGCCAUGGCAUCCCGAGGAGCAGAUGAUGCGCCGUGGAAUCCAGGCGGUCGUCGUGUUACUAGAGGAAUUCGGCAAGCGGCGCCCGGGAGUUGACCGGCUGGCUGAAACAUUCCGACAUCAAAGCACAAUGAUCUUCAGUCAGAUGGCCUACCAGCAGCAGCAACUGGAGCGACAGCAGCAACGACAGCAACAGCAACAGCAACAACCGCAACCCCAGCCUCUUCUGCCUCCCCAACCCCCAGUCACCUUGGCCCCACCACCUCCACCCCCCGUUCCCUUGGCGCCCGUUCUUGAUGAUGUACUGCUGGUCGAUGGCAGCGGGACCAUGCCAAUGAUUGAUCCGCAAAUGGCGGAGCAACUGUUCUAUUCCUACAAUUGGUUUCAGGAGGAAAUGGCGAGCUACUAUACCCUUUGA